GAGAGCAUUUUGAUGAAUAAUAAACCUUCCCUCUGAAGUGAGAAAAAAAUUCCCAGUGGUGGAGGAGAAAAUGGAGACUCUACACUGCUCAAAGAAAGAAGCGUUAUAAUUGCAAUCUGCAGCCCCUUCUGCUACUUGAAAACUUUUAACUAGAAGGACUGGUGCUACUACUACUUCUACUAUCACUCUCCUCUCGCAAUUUCUCCCUUCAAUUCCAUCCGAUUCUCACCACACCUCUCCACGACGUCGUUCGAAGCCCGCUUUUCUCAGGUGAAUGCUGCGGCUAAAAAGGAAUGACCCUUCCAUUCAUUAACAAUUUCAGGGAUGACUUUAGAGAGAAAGCACCUCUGCAACUGUUUUUGACAAAUGCUGAGGCUAGUUUUCUCAUGGAGAGCUCUGAUGAUGACAAAGACAGAAUCUAUGGAAAUUUUAUGCCCAAAGAGCUGGGCCAUAGUCUUCAAUCGAAUGGUACAAAGUUUGUAGAUGAGGUACUUAAUGGACAGAGUGAGCAAUGUUUGGAAAAUUUUCGCAUGGAUAAACCAGUGUUUUACAAAUUAUGUGAUAUUCUGCAAGGCAAAGGCUUGCUUCGACAUACAAAUCGUAUCAAGAUUGAGGAGCAAUUAGCCAUUUUCUUGUUCAUAAUUGGCCAUAAUCUAAGGACUCGGGCUGUUCAGGAGUUAUUCAGAUACUCUGGAGAAACCAUCAGUCGCCAUUUCAAUAAUGUUCUGAAUGCAAUUAUGGCAAUUUCAUUAGAAUUCUUUCAGCCUCCAGGGUCUGAUGUUCCACCAGAAAUCUCGCAGGAUCCUCGAUUUUAUCCAUAUUUUAAGGACUGUGUGGGAGCAGUCGAUGGCAUACACAUUCCAGUGAUGGUUGGUGUAGAUGAGCAAGGACCUUUCCGCAAUAAGAAUGGAUUACUUUCACAAAAUGUUCUGGCAGCUUGUUCAUUUGAUCUUAAAUUCCAUUAUGUUCUAGCUGGCUGGGAAGGCUCAGCAUCAGAUUUGAGAGUUCUAAAUUCAGCACUUACUAGGCGUAAUAAGUUGCAAGUCCCUGAAGGAAGAUACUACCUUGUGGAUAACAAGUAUGCAAAUAUGCCAGGCUUCAUUGCCCCGUAUCUCGGUCCCCCCUAUAACUUGGAUGAAUUUCCCAGUGGUUAUCAUCUCCAAGAUGCCAAAGAGCUAUUUAAUCAACGACACUUCUUGUUGCAAAAUGCCACUGAUCGUAUUUUUGGGGCCUUAAAGGAACGGUUCCCUAUUUUGAUGUCGGCUCCUCCCUACCCAUUGCAAACACAGGUGAAAUUGGUAGUAGCGGCAUGUGCAUUACACAACUACAUACGUAUAGAGAAACCGGAUGAUAUGCUUUUUAAAAUGUAUGAACAAGAGACUGCUGUACAGAUAGAGGAAUCGUUGCCUCCUCUAGAUGUGGAACAAGCAAUGAUGCAUGUUGAUACUAAUGAUCUGGAGGUUGCUUUUGAAGCAGAACAACUAGAACAUAGUUCACAGUUAAGGGAUUCUAUUGCAGCUGAAAUGUGGGAAGACUAUAUUCGUGAUAUAGCAGCCAUGUAGAUUGAUCCAUUGUGGCUUAGAGUUAGUCUAGGCCUGAAAAAUUUUCUUCAACAAUGACCAUAUAGAAUGAUUUCCCCUUUCGGAUGUACAUUGGCAAUUGGUUGAUGCAAAAGAAGCCAGUCAUAUCUUUCCCAUGAUGUCUCUGGUCAUGAAUGUCUAGAUUGUUAGGUAUUACUUAAAGCUGUGGGUGUAUUGCGAUUGUCACAGUUCUUGGGAGUUUGAAGUCUCUGAUUAAUGGUCUUGAUGGGUAUGCACCGCAAGUUGGCACCCAGAUCACAAUUGAGUUAGAGGUUGGCUCAAGAGCAAAUCUUAAAUGGCAAAGAGCAACUCAUCUGUCUCUCUUCUUUUUCUUUUUUUUUUC